AGAAGCAGAGACAUGACGACAGCCCUGGAGAGUAAAAGGAGUAAAAAAGGAAGACGAAAAUUUGCUUUUAAUUAAAGUCACAAGUGGUCAUGCGUACUUUAGCAUGACAUGAGGGAAGUGGCCAAAUAACAGAGCCGCAUUUGAACGCCUCACUGUCCACGCAGAUCUGUACUUUUACGCGUCUUAUUUGACGCAUUAAACCGUAACUAAACACUAAAGUCAACUUUCCUGGCGCGACUUUUGCGAAAAUGCUUAUUUCUCCUUGAGUCUGUGAAGGAGAAAAGUCAGUUCAGAUGAAAGUGCAAUGAAUUAAAAAUGUAUUUCUAGCACGAGUGUAAAAAACAAAACAAAACAAAACCAUGGCGGAUACAAGGACUUUUAACGUCGCGAUUUUAGGAGUGGGUUUUUUGUUUAUUUUUACUGCUUUUACCACCUGUGGGAACGUUGAACAAACAGUGGUGAAAAGCCUGGAUAAUUCUACCUUCACUGGAAGUGGGUACCACAGUCUCGGGAUCAUCUAUGGCGUCUUCUCAUUCUCCAAUUUACUGGCACCGACAGUUGUUACAGUAAUUGGACCAAAAUUCGCCAUGUUUGUGAGCGGCCUCCUCUACAGUGGGUACAUCGCCGUGUUCAUCGUCCCCGUAACCUGGGCCUUUUACUUCACUUCAGCGCUAAUCGGUGUCGGAGCUGCCUUGCUUUGGACAGCUCAAGGACACUUUCUGGUGGAAAAUUCGGAGGCUUCCACUAUCAACAGGAACACGGGGAUGUUCUGGGCUCUCCUACAGUGCAGCAUGUUGUUUGGGAACCUGUACAUUUAUUUUGACUGGAAUGGAAGAACAGAAAUACCAGACAGCAGCAGGAAAAACAUUUUUCUGUCCCUGCUGAUCGCAUCUGUGCUGGGUACACUCAGCUUCCUGGUGUUGAGGAAGAAUCAUCAUGAAGAGGAGAUGCUCUCUGAAGAGGAAGGGCAGUCGCUGCUCUCAGCCGGCAUGAUGUAUAAGCACAGAGCAAAUAACGCCAUGCAAGAUGCAAAAGUGGAAUUCGGAACCAUCUUGGAACUUGUGAAGUCUAAAACUAUACUCCUCCUGAGUCCCUGCAUGGCAUACAGCGGCCUGGAGCUAUCCUUCUACAGUGGAGUGUAUGGAACGUGCAUCGGAGCCACUGCACAGUUUGGAGACGCAGCCAAAGGCCUGAUCGGAAUCUCUGGGAUCGUGGUAGGAAUUGGAGAAAUUGUGGGUGGAGGCUUCUUUGGGUUGUUAUGCAAGAACAAUCGCUUCAGACGGACCUCUGUGGUGUUUCUGGGGAUGGUCGUCCAUUUCGUGGCUUUCUAUCUGAUCUUCCUCAACAUCCCGGAUGACGCGCCUGUCGUCAUUAAAACCAACACCCAAAAGAACCCAUAUCUGUCCCCAAGUGCAUCCAUCGCAUUGCUGUGCAGCUUCCUGCUCGGACUCGGGGACAGUUGUUUCAACACGCAGCUCUACAGCAUAUUAGGCCGUGUUUAUGCAGAGCAAAGCACGCCUGCUUUUGCCAUCUUCAAAUUCAUCCAGUCUGUUUUCGCGGCGGUGGCGUUCUUCUACAGCGGUUACCUCAUGCUGAUGUGGCAGCUCCUGCUGAUGAUCGCCCUGGGUUUCACUGGAACGCUCUGCUUCUUCAUGGUGGAGAGGAUGCAAAACUUCACAGAUUUGCAGGAAUAUUGAAAAAAAAGUGUCAACGGCUUUGUUAGACAGACAAUCAACAACUUUUAUUUGACGACAGGCUGUUUUUUAAAGCGCGAUGUUGCACUGAAAGUCACAGUUAUGUCACAUUCAUAACACUUUGAUAAAUAAAAAAAAAAAAAAAAACAUGUUGCUGUUGUUAAAUAUUUGACAAGUAUUAUAUAGGUGUCAAAUGUUUUAGUAACAUGACACCACACAGUGAUGGUUUGUCAUAUACAUUUUUAACUGCACUCUGCAAACUGAAGGAUCAU